CGGCUUGUUGAACCGAUAUGAUUCUAGUACAGCCAAAGAACGGCGACGCAGUAGAAAGAGUAAGACUUGCGAUGUCGCACGUCGACGUCCGUGGAGAGAGGAACGAAGAGGCUGAGGAAGAGUCCGAAGAAGAGACGUCGACUGGGUGUAUUCUUGGGCCUGCGGAAUGUCGUCAUGUGUGAUUGAGCUUGGUCGGCCAAUGGAGGGUGUUCUGGGCGACCCGAGCAGCAGCCGCCAUGACCCGAGUCGCUGUUCUCCAUCCUCAGAACCUACAUGUCUUGCUGCCGUUGACAUUCUCAGUGCAAGUCUCCUCAGUGCAAGUCUCCUCUGCUAAUCCUAACCUUACGAGCUCCGAUCAUGCACGUCACGGGCGUGCUUCCCUUGCAAUUGAGACAGCGCUUCCUGGCCGUCUCGUUCUGGCUAUGGACCUGCCUGCUCGUGCUCCGGGCGUCCGCGCAGGACCUGUCAGACGACCAGCUCAGCCAGGUCCAGCACAACCUCGCCAUCGGCGCCACCCACAGCUGGGAGCUCGGCACGCGCGCCGAAGCCCUCAUCGAACUGAACACGCCCUCCUACUCCGUCUUCUCCUCCACGCCCCUCCCGCUCCCCUUCUCCGCCUACACCUACGGCCCGCCCUCCUCCCUCGCCGACGUCCUCGCCAUCGCCCACGGCGUCGUCGCCAACCAAUCGCAGUCCGACUCCCCGCAGCCGUUCAUCAAGGACAGCGCCGCCGGCGACCCCGCGAGCGUCGGCGUCGCCGUCCUCAUUGCCAACUGGACGGGGUACCAGAGCGGCAACGGGAGCGUCGACUAUGCGCGCGCCGCGCGGGACCAGGUCGAGUAUCUGUUCAGCGACAGCGUCCCGAAGACCAGCGACGGCGCCAUCUCGCACCGCGUCGACCAGCUGCAGCUCUGGAGCGACUCGGUGUACAUGGUCCCGCCGUUCCUCGCGUACUACGGCGUGACUACGGGGAACAGAAGUAUGCUGGAGGAGGCGUAUACACAGUGCAAGCUCUACCGCUCGUACCUCCGCGACACGAGCGCAAACAACCUCUGGAAACACGUCCUCAUGGGCAGUGGUACGGACGAGGGGCACUGGUCGACCGGCAACGCGUGGGCCGCGGCGGGCAUGCUCCGCGUGCUUAGGACGAUCGCGCAGUCGCAGUACGCGAACACGAUGAAGCACGAGCAGAUCGACCUCGCGAACUGGGUCGGCGAGAUCCACGGCGGGAUGUACCCGCAUCUGCAAUCCAACGGCCUGUUCAGGAACUACCCCGACUCGUCCGACAGCGCCAACUUCGACGACGCGGCGAGCACCGCGCUGCUCGCCGCGACGGUGUACCGCCUCGCGAACGCGUGGGGCGCGCACGCGCACCUGCCGGACGCGGAGCGCAGUCGCGCGGCGCUGUUCGGGGGCAACAACGACACCGCAAGCAACGCCUCCCUCGCGCACUUCACGGCGGACAUGUGGCUCACGCCCGUGGUCAACCCGAACUCGUACGGCCAGCAGGGGAGCAAGUCGCCCGAGGGGCAGGCGUUCGUGCUCGAGCUGGUCGCGGCGCACCGCGACUGGGUGGACGCGGGGAGCCAGGGGGCGAAUGCCGGGGCUAGUGCUGCUGGAUACAGCCUCAGAAGUUGGAAGCGCCGGUGCACAUGCAAUACUUAUGCAUCCACGAGCAAGGGCUGA